GCCAAAACGUUUCUUCUCAAGCCAGCUGCAAGCGGUUGGCAAAUGCGUUGGAAAUCCAGAAAGUUGCGUUUUGCAGGAGGCAGAAGUGGAGCGUGUCAGAACUGUGCAAACGCAGCGUUCCGCUGCUGGUACCACUGCAACCACCGUCACCACAUCGUAUCCUGCGCAACAGAUCACAGAAGAUCCGAUGCAGGGUAAACAAUGGCUGAGAAGACAAAAAGCACAAGACCUUCGCGAGGAGGCUCCAAAACGCUUCUUGGUGGACAAUCGCAUGUUGAACGCCGCGACAGAUGGGAUCGGCUACCGAUUCUCCAAAGAUCUUGAGGACCUUGACCUCAGCUGCACAGCCCCCUGGGGUUCUAUCGUCGAGGGUGUUGAUGAGGGCAGUUGGAUCCGUGUGUCGGAUGAGUUGUAUUUGCCCAAAGAGCUUGGCGGUGUCCCUGUCUUGACAUUGGAGGACACACCUUUUGCUUUGUCUGGUCUCCAGGUCAACGAGGCUUUCCCCAUUGGCAGCGAGCUCAUUGUCUUAGAGGCGGCAAUAAUGAGAGCAGCUGAGGAGCUGCGAAGUGCAGCUUUGGCUCAACUGGAGAAGGACCGCCGACUUCAAGUGCUUGGCUACGGAACAGGCAUCCGAAGCCGGCGCCUCUAUGUACAAGACCCCAUGUCUGGACAAGAUGGGUGGAUCAGCUUCGCUUCCCAGAACGGCAAGCUGCUAGUGGCCCCAACUGAAGCCACUGCUGAUGAAGUUCAGAAGGUGGCGACAAUGGCGACGAGAGUGGCGAUGCCCAUGGAGCAAUUUCAGGAGGAGCAAAUGCAGCAACCAGAGGUGGAACAGGCUUACUUCGUGGACAACAGGGAGUUCAAGGCCGACUCUGACGGCAUCGGCUACCGCGCCUCGCAAGACUUGGACGACAAGGCCAGAGCCUGA